AUGGAUUGGAUGCAGACAGACAGGUCCAAGGAGGACCCGAAGCUCCCAGCACCAUGCACGCUUUGGCCAGUGGACUUAAAGUUGACGCACAUCGACUGCAAUCCCGACGAUACCUUGGUCCACUUUCAAGGUCAGCAUGUUAGCAUCUGUGAGCUGGACUACAACAUUCUUCAAGUGGAGAUCCAGAAUGCACACAAGUCGCCGGGGUGUUUGGAAGUCGGGGAUUUUUGCUUGGUGGGAGAUGUUCUUUCCAGUAGAUGGUUCAGAGGAAGGAUCCAAAACUUGUCGAGAGGCGCGUUCGAAGUGUUCCUGCUGGAUCAUGGGAAUGUUCUUACGGUCGGACCCAACCAUCUGUCCCAAAUCUCCGACGCCUUGCUGGUGCUCCCACCUAAGAUAGUGUGCGGUUUUGUUGCUAACGUGCUGCCGGUGCAGGAACGUUGGGAUGCAACGUCAGAGAAGUAUUUUUCAUCUCUGAUAGGGAGCCACGUCAAGGGCUACAUCCACGGUCUUCUGCCGCACAAGGUUCUUAUUCUUGAAGUACCGGAAAUAAGCAAGGAUUUAUUACGACUGAGUUUGUGCAGACAUUUAGAUACGGACACGUUUCUGUUUGUGGUGGAAAUGCUGAUUGAAAUACCAGUUCAGCAGAACUCUCAGCCUGUUCCGGAUUUGCUGCUUGAGAAACAGAUCGUACAGGAGCUCUCGUUUAAGUCUUCCAACGUAUGCGGGUUUGAAAAUAUCCUUUCGCUCAGUCGCACUAAGUUAGAGGUCGGGCAGAAGAAAAGCGUCAGGAUAACCGCGGCAGUGAACCCCGAGUUGUUUUACUGCCAGCUUUCGUCUGUCGCUAGCGAUCUGAAAGGGAUGUCCGAAAAAUUGGCGCUCGUCUGCGAGUCCAAAACGAGCGCCUGUAGAAAUAAUCCGGGCGAAAAUAUGGGAUUGCUGUGUGCCAUCAAGGGUAAAGAUCAGAAAUGGCACAGAGGGUUCGUCCAGUGCUUACCUGUGAACUCCCACGUCAGGGUUGUCUUCGUCGACUGCGGAUAUUGUGAGUCUGUAAACGUCGAGAACGUCCAUCAGCUCCCGUCAGACUUUCUCCUGACGCCAAUCGGGACCUUUCUGUGCUCUCUGUCUUGCCUGAGUGACGAAGUCGAAGACGUGAAGAACAAGCAGCUCUUCCUUCUCAGGCAGGGAUUGCUGGGUAAGGAGAUGAAGAUCACCGUCAGUGGCUUGAGCAAAGAGCGAAACGUCUAUUCGGUCACUUUGAGCAGUGUAGUGAGAGACACACUGACAGAACCGGUGCCAACUAAAUAUUCCGAUAAAAUCACAAACGGCGACGUUCUGAUGAGGUGCGCCAACACGAUUCAAACCAUUGGAACCUCAAAAGAUGAUGAUUUCUUGAAAGACUUUGUGGAAGGCUCUGUCUUUGAGGGUUACGUCGAGCAUGUACAGAGUCCGAACGAUUUUUGGAUGAGAACUGCACAGAGAAAUGCUGAUUUUGAAUCCAUGAUGAGCAAACUGACCGACUACUUCAGUAGAUUACAACUACAUGAACAAAUCUUCGAGGAUCCGGUGCCGGGCGUACUUUGCUGCGCCAUGUACGAACAAGACCUGCAUUACUAUCGAGCCCUGGUGGUGGAUACGCUAGAAAAUGGUGCGGAGGUGUUUUUUAUUGACUUUGGAAACACCGAAAAGGUGCCAAGCUUGCUGAUAAAGCAACUACCCGAGGAGUUUGCUGCCGAACCGGGGUUCGCGCUCGGCUGUUCCUUAGCUCACGCCGCUCCGAUGGAAGAUGUCUGGACAGUAGCGUCGAUCGAAUUCUUCAGAAACGUUAUGCAGAAUAAAGUGCUCGUGGCUCACGUCGUCCACAGGAGGAACGACACCUUUGUUGUCGAGUUGUUCGAGAAAGGCAUGGAGAACAGUGAGAGCAUCACAGCCCUUAUGAGCCGAGUAAAUAUGGCGGAAUAUUGGGAAUACAAUUCAACCAGUGUGUCCGUUAAACCCAAAAAAGAAAAGGAAACGACUAAUGAGAAGUUUAGAAUCAAGCAGUUUGCACAGAGGACACAAAACCCUGCGACGUCUCAGGACAAGGUCGUGGAAGAACAAGCCCCCAAUGUGAAUCCAAAACCCAGCGCCGUGGAGUUGUUCAAACCCCAAAAAUUUCAACCUGGCAUCGAAAUAACAGUCCAGUGCACAUAUGUUGGUUCUCCUUCGAAUUUUUGGUGUCAGAACACCAAACACAAAGUUGAUCUGGAGGAAUUAAAUGAACGUUUGCAAGCAUUUUACAAGACGAACUCGCCCAUUCUGCAGCCACACAGGGUAUGUUGCGCCGUCAGGUUUCAACAGUAUGAUCGAUGGUAUAGAGGAUACAUCACCGGAGGAAAGACCUCUGAUGUUGAAGUGACUCUUGUGGACUAUGGCUUGGUUCUGCAGGAAAAGCUGGAAAACCUCCGGGCGCUUAUGCCGGAGUUCUUUUUGCUUGAAGCGCAGGCGUUUCCGUGUAGUCUGUACAACCUUAUCGAACCAGCUGAAGGGAGCGUUUGGUCUGAAGAAGCGAGCGCCCUGUUGAAAGAUUUCGUUUCUAUAAGACCGUUAAAUCUGACUUGCAAAAUUUACUCCCAGCUCACUGUGGUAAAUAAAGGCCUGUGCAACGUGGUUGACCUGUACACGCCUGUCCAACGAGCCACCGCGUAUCUCGUAGGAAAAGGUGUCGCUGUGGAGAUACGGUGUCCGAAGAAACUAGUUCCAUCAGCCUGUCCUUGCUCCUUUGUUUACUCUUCAUUUAACAUCGCUGCUGGAGAUGAGGAGCUGGUUUACUGCACGCAUGCCGUCAGUCCUUGGGAAGUCUACCUCCAGCUGGACAGAAAUACUGAGAUCGUUGAGAAGCUGAUGGAGAGAACUAUGAAAGAAAGUGAAGAGCUGUUAAAACUGAGACAUGCUGGUCAAACCGGGACGGUUUGCUUGGCCAAAUAUUUCGGUGACGGCAUGUGGUACAGGUCGUUCGUUUGGCCCGCUAAAUCCACUCGACACUUGAACGCGUUCUUUGUGGACUUUGGAAACAAGCAGGUUGCUGAAAUUGAUAACGUCUUGCCCAUCCCAAGAGAGGCGGUUGAUUUGUUGUUCACGCCCAUGCAGGCUUUGAGGUGUAGCCUAGCAGGGGUUCCGGAGGAUGAGCAUUUGUCUGAAGUGAAUGCAUGGCUUAACCAAACCGUCCUCAACAAGACACUCCGGGCCGAGUUUGUAGCUGCGAACGAAAGCGGACAUUUCGUUUGCGACCUGUUUGACGGCGACACCCACGUCAACGAGAAGGUUAAAGAGCUGUUCGAAGUUCACGCUCAAAAGAAACGUGCGGUGAAAGAAAACACGAAGCAAAGUAGCCGAAGCAAAAAGGUCACAAAGGUGUCUUCUGACCUCAGCAAGUGCAAGACGGCGUCUAGAAGUCGUGCCGAAACUGUGGUCCAGAGGACGUCUAAUCAUAACAAAUCAACACCAAGAAGUAGGCAGUCUUGCCAGAAGAAUUCUCCGAAAAUAAAAUAUCACAAUCAGACCGUUCAAGGCAAGAACAGAGAUGGAACAAAGCUAAUGGGACAGAGUAAAAAAGUCCUGGAAGAAAAGGACAACAUUAAGACUUCCUUCAAAGUGCAACCUUCUGUGAUGAUGCCCAAACUGAGUGACCUACCAAACACUAAACUAGCUCCAGGCUUCAAAGAUGUGGGGUUUAUUUCGCAUUGUGGCUCUUCUGACAACUUCUUCAUCCAGAUGGAAACUGAUGAACCGAGGAUUCUUAAAAUGGUCGAGGAACUCAACAGCGACGCUUUCACAGAGAGCAAGAAACCUGUUACCUCAGAGGUCAGAGUUGGGGAUCUGGUCGUGGCCGUGUAUGAAGAAGACCAUGCUUUAUAUCGAGCUGUUGUCACUGGCAUAGCAUCUAGCGGUAUCAUAACAGUUGAGUUUAUCGACUACGGAAACACAACCGCUAUUGAGAAGCAGAACAUGUACCAUUUAGCGAGAAGGUUUUUGUCCGAGUCCAGAUUGAGCAUCACCUGCACGUUAUCCAAACCCCGUAACGUCCAGGAUGUUACGUCUUUCACCAAAGAGGCACAAAAUAAACCCCUGAUGAUUGAGUUUGUGCAGAAUCUUGGCUCCAUGUGGAAGGUGAGCGUUGAGAUUCUUGACCCCUUGCUUGAGUCGACUCCUGAUGAAAAUAUCAAGGUGGUUCCAGCUUCAAACCAAGCCAACCCAGGUCAAGAUCUAGACGCAGCUCUAAAUGAGCAUGAAAAACAGAACUCCAACCUGAAGCAAGACGAGAAAUCUAAUUCACAGCUAGAGAAGUUUGUAAUUGGGACCAAAGACAAGGUGGUUCAGUGGAGAAUCUCUGGAAAGAAGCAUUCAGCAAGGAGAAGAGUCAGGCCUGAACGUUCCUACAAAAUGAAACAUGGAAAGAAACAAGCUACCCCAGACAACUGGAAUAUGGGUGUAUCAGAGAAUCCAAGGGGCGUGUUUGGUUUGGAACAGUCAAACAACGUUGGUGGAGAUGUGCAGGAUGACGUUGUGCUGAUUUUAUCAGAGACUUGCCCAGAGAAUCCCAUAAACAAAGCGGAUCAGGUCCAGCGCCUGUUCCUCACCCCUGUUAAAACUGAUCACGAGUACUCUGGAUUCGCAGCGGCGGUCACAACACCCGGUGAGUUUUACAUCCUUCUUGAGGACUGCCUGCUUACCUUGAAUGCAGUGUCCAACAUCCUCGAGAACCUUCCAGAAGAGCUGUCUUCACUACCAGAAUCUCACCUGAUUCCUGGUGCUGGCUGCUUGUUAAAGCCUGGUGACAAGAAUAAAUGGUGCAGAGCCGAAAUAAAACAAUGUGAUGACGCAUCGGUAAUCUUAAACCUGGUGGAUUAUGGUCACUGUGAAAGUCUGCUACGCCAGAGCGCCCACAGACUUAAAGAACUUCCCGAGGAACUUGCAGCACUACCGAAACUAACCUACCCUUGCCUUCUGAGAGGAAUUAAGCCAGUCGGAAGCGUACGGUGGUCUGACGACGCAGUUACCUUCUUCCAAGAAUGCAUGUAUAAGAAGAACCUCCAGAUAUUCUUCAGACAGCUUGUUUCAGAGGUGCAGUGGGAGGUAGAUGCCUUCACAGGAGACGAGAAUAUCGCCAAAGCGCUGUACGAUGCCGAUCAUGCUUCGUACGUAGACGCUGUGCUCGGAAUCCGGUUUCAGCAGAGCCUACGUCGUACAAUUUCUGAACAAUCGCAAUCAGAAAUAGCAGAAGUACAACAUGGAACAUUAGAAGAUGCGACCUGGUCUGGUGAAGAAGCUUCAAGCUUCAAACAUAAAUCUGGACACGGAACACGUCAUGACGUUCCAUCUGGUUUGAGGCAGUGCCGGUUGAUGUAAAAGCGUCCAUGCAUGGCUUCAGAGGAGUGAACCGGAGUCAACGGCAGGAGCUCUUCUCGAGUUCAAGAGAUGUGAUUAAGCUGUAUAAUUAUUUAUUAUGUGACAAAAUCAUAUUUUCUUGUUGGUGUUGCUGUAGCUAGUUUAGUUUUGAAACUUUGAUGAAUGAAAACAGAAAAAAAUUCCCACAGUAUUGAAAAUUGUAGCUGUAAUUUUUGGAAGUUAAUUUGUUGCUUUAAGUGGGAUUUUACUUACAGGGAUGUAUUUUUUUCUUGUAUUUAUUUAUUAUUUGUUUAGAAUAACUAUUUCUUACGAACUCUUAUGUUGUUUAGCCUUUAUUUGUUGUUCUGUCCUUAACCACUAUAUUGAUAAGGAAUUUUGUGAUUAACUGAAUUUUAACAAUCUUUGUUCUAUUUUAAGUAUGUUUAGUUCACUGUUCCUUUCUUCAUGUUUAAGAGUUCAAUAAUGUGUUUAUUCCAGGUUUUCCUAGUUAAAUUAGAGUAGUAUUAUAGUAUUAUAGCUUUUUUGUUAGGCUGUUCCACUAAUUUGCAUUUUUGUUUGCUUAAAUAAAUACAUUUCGAGCUUGUGUUUGUAAAGAGAUUACACAAAAAAAUUGUUACUAAAUAAAUCAAAUAAAAUUAGAAGUGGAAAAGUAUUGUCAGAAGUGGGAUUCGAACCCACGCCUCCAGGAGAGACUGCGACCUGAACGCAGCGCCUUAGACCGCUCGGCCAUCCUGACAUGUUCAGCAAUCUUGGUGUGAAGCGUUUUAGCAAUGCGAAGCGAAACUUAUUCAGAUUUGUGUUGUAAUUUAUCGAUUUAUUUGUU